GGGAUAUCUUGCCAUUCGACGGAACUGGACCGCCUCUGAUGAAGCUAUGCGGCGUGCCGACGCUGCCCGUCAGUGUGGUGAUGGUGACGAUGCUGGGACUGCUUGAAACAAGUCGUGGUGUGAAUGCAGGAGCUGUCACGAGUGGCGCGCCGCAAAACCCAGUGGUACCCGGCGGCGAAUGCGUGCGAAUGUUUCACUCGAAGGGCAACGUUGGAUGCUUUAGUUUGGACAAAGACGGAUCCCGUGCACGCCUCGUGAGUGUGUCAACAGCAAGUGCGCUCAACCGCGACACAUUGAAGGAGAACAGCAUUGUGCUCUUACCGGAUUCGCUGUUCACGUCCGAGAACGUGGCCAAGCUGAACGGCGAGUUUAUCAAGGGAUUGCUCGUCUACCCCACUCCCACGUCGCCCUUUAAUUACGACUCAACGCACCCACAGGGAAAAGGCACGGUGGACGGCGUGCUGAACCCCGUAUUUGGUGACUACGAGUGGAAUCCGUUGGGGCGCGACAUCAUGUCGUCUAGUUUGCCAUACCCCGUUCUCGAAGUCGAGAGCGAGGCAAAGGCGAAGGAGUUCCUCGAUCUCGCGCGUAAGAACGAACACGCCCCCGCGGAAGCGACAUUCGGCGUCGUGUACCGCGGUGCAAUGGACUACUACUUUGGUCCUGCGAAGAUGGACUCGAUCACUUGCUUGAACUUCCGCAACAUCUACGGUGACCGCAGCCCCAAGUGUCUUCCCGUCGGCGGUCAAAGUGCGUGGGGCGUCAAGGGCGACCUCAGUUCACCCAGACCUGCGAUUGUCGCGAUGGCGUCGAUGGACACAACGUCGUUUUCGCACGUAUACGCCCCUGGCGCAAACGCCGGCGCGUCGGGACUGGUGGCGCUGCUGGCCGCGGCGGACGCCCUCAAGACGAUUCCGAGCUCUGCGUUGAAGAAGAACAUUGUGUUUUCAGCAUUUCAAGGUGAAAGCUACGGGUUUGUCGGUUCCCGGCGGUUCCUCGCCGAUCUGAAGCAGGCCAAAGCGUCCCCUCACGGCGUGUGCGCGUCCCCGAUCACGACACCAACGCCGUUCGGAUCGUCGCACUGCGCGAGUCCGGUGCGGUCGAGCCUCGCGUUCACCAGUCUGUCGCUCGACUCGAUCGAUCUUGCCGUCCACGUGGACCAAGUUGCGCAGGGCAAUGCUUGGUUUGUGCAUCCCAACCCGAACGCGGCGUCCAAGGCCGUCAUGGACGCCCUCACGAACGCGCCUUCCGCCAAGAGUCGCGUGCAAGUGUCGACUGCGACGGCAGCGCUACCUCCUGGUCCGCUCGUGUCGUUCUUGAACGAUCAAGAGUUUGGAAACGCAUCGCUUGCGUCGGCCGUGCUCUCGGGGUACGACACAGCGUUCUCGUCCACGUACCACAGCCGGCGCGACACCAACACGUCCAACGCGGACGCUGCCGAGAACAUUGCGACAGCGGCGCAAGUGCUGGCCGAAGCUCUGUUUGCGUCGUCGGCCGCCGUCGCGGGCUCCGAGCUCCUCGCGUCGAUCCAAGUGAACGCGACCCUCGUCCGUGCGUUAUGGACGUGCAUCACGACCCAGUGGAACUGCCCCCUCAUGCAAGCCAUGUCGAAACCCGCCGUCGCGUCCAUGAACGAGUACCUGGCAUUCACCGCGACGUCGUCGCCGUCGUUUGUCGAGCCUGUGAGGUUGUACACAAGCGUCUACUCGGACAAUCGCAUGCCGACCGUGGUCGUGAACAAGUCGUACGUGGUCGCUGACCUCCGCGACAUGAAAUGGGACAACGCGUUCAAGCUGCAUUUGUACCCGAAUGCGUACGAAACAUUCACGCGGGCGUUUUUGGCGUCUGCUUUGCGCGAUGUGGACCCGCACGCGCCGGCGUGCGCGUCCAACAAGGACUGCAACAUGGAUGGCGGCGACGAGUGCGUAUAUCCUGGCGUGUGCAGUCGGCGCCGGGCGUAUUUUCACGAUGCGUUGUCGCCCGGCCUCAAGCGCGAACCCACCGUCGGCCACUACACGGUCGUGAACGCGUCGAUGCCGCUGUGGACCGAGCCCAACUGGAUGACGCUCGGGACGUUUGUGUACCCCGAUCCAGGCACGACGAUUGGGUACGUGGCGCUUGGCACGGGCGCUGUCUCGAUCGUCGUCGGGUACGUCGUCGCCCGGCGCUUCGUGGCGCAUUUUCGUAAACAGAAGCUGCUGUAAGGGCAAAUCCAACCUUGGGUGCUGUCGUCAUGCGCAUUCGGACUGUGCCCGUCCCAUGUCUUGUGCGAGCGGGACGUGUAGCAUUCUGUGCAAGUCGACAGCAAGAGCCAUGCAACACCAGCCAGGCGUGUGUUGUAGAG